AAUUCGCAAGCCACGCGAAAGAAAAUAAAGUGAAAGAUUCCAUGGCGGUAAUUGCGUGGUGGUGGCUACUUACGGUGGUUGUGGUGGCGUUUCACUCGGCGUCCUCGGCAGUAAUAGAAUCAACGUGGGAGGUUGAGUAUAAGUACUGGUGGCCGGACUGUAAAGAAGGUAUCGUUAUGGCCAUCAACGGCCAGUUUCCAGGGCCAACUAUAGACGCCUUCGCCGGAGAUACAGUCAUCAUCCACGUCGUCAACAAACUCUCCACCGAAGGUGUUGUUAUCCAUUGGCACGGCAUACGUCAGAAAGGGACUCCAUGGGCAGAUGGAGCAGCGGGUGUGACACAAUGUCCUAUUAAUCCUGGCGAGACUUUCACUUACAAGUUCAUUGUCGAUAAGGCGGGAACACAUUUCUACCAUGGACACUACGGAAUGCAAAGAUCAGCGGGACUAUACGGAAUGUUAAUAGUAAGAUCACCGAAAGAGAGAUUAAUUUACGAUGGAGAGUUCAAUCUCUUGCUCAGUGACUGGUGGCACCAAAGCAUUCACUCGCAAGAACUCGCUCUUUCUUCUCGCCCAAUGCGUUGGAUCGGUGAGCCUCAAAGCUUGUUGAUCAAUGGAAGAGGACAGUUUAAUUGUUCACAAGCUGCGUAUUUUAACAAAGGAGGAGAAAAAGAUGUGUGUACGUUUAGAGAAAAUGAUCAGUGUGCACCUCAAACUCUACGGGUCGAGCCGAAUAGAGUUUACCGUCUUCGAAUCGCUAGCACCACUGCUCUUGCUUCCCUCAACUUGGCCGUUCAAGGACACCAGCUAGUUGUUGUUGAAGCCGACGGCAAUUACGUAGCACCGUUCACCGUCAACGACAUUGACAUUUAUUCCGGCGAAACCUAUUCCGUUCUUCUCAAAACAAACGCACUUCCAUCAAAUAAGUACUGGGUCUCCGUCGGGGUUCGUGGUCGAGAACCAAAAACUCCUCAAGCACUCACCGUGUUAAAUUACGUCGACGCAACUGAGUCACGCCCAUCUCAUCCACCACCGGUGACUCCCAUCUGGAACGACACAGAUCGGAGCAAAAGCUUCUCGAAGAAGAUCUUCGCCGCAAAAGGAUAUCCAAAACCGCCGGAGAAAUCACACGACCAGCUCAUACUCCUCAACACACAGAAUCUAUACGAAGACUACACAAAAUGGUCAAUAAACAACGUCUCGUUGUCCGUACCGGUGACACCAUACCUCGGUUCAAUCAAAUACGGUUUAAAAUCGGCGUACGAUUUAAAAUCUCCGGCGAAGAAAUUCACAGUUGAUAAUUACGAUAUCAUGAAACCGCCGCCGAAUCCAAACACAACGAAAGGUAGCGGAAUCUACAAUUUCCCGUUAGGAAUCGUCGUCGACGUGAUUCUUCAAAACGCAAACGUUUUAAAAGGUGUGAUUAGUGAGAUCCAUCCAUGGCAUCUUCACGGUCACGAUUUCUGGGUUUUGGGUUACGGAGAAGGGAAAUUUAAACCGGGGAUUGAUGAGAAGACGUUUAAUUUGAAGAAUCCGCCGUUACGGAAUACGGUGGUUUUGUAUCCGUAUGGAUGGACGGCGUUAAGAUUUGUAACGGAUAAUCCUGGGGUUUGGUUUUUUCAUUGUCACAUUGAACCGCAUUUGCAUAUGGGUAUGGGUGUGGUUUUCGCUGAAGGAGUAGACCGGAUUGGUAAGAUGGAGAUACCGGAUGAGGCGCUUGGUUGUGGAUUAACCAGGAAAUGGCUCAUGAACCGGGGACGCCCUUAAAUAAACCGGUGUUGGUAUGUUUGAUAUGUGUUAUUUUUCCUCGUCGGCUUUUAUUAAAGAGCUAUUAAAUAUCUUAUUAAUUU